AUGAAGAGAAAGAAAAUCAUGAAGAAAUCGGCCGAUGAAAAAAAAAACCUUGCUGAGAAGCGCCUCAAGAAGAAGACAGAUUAUCAGACAGCACUUGCUGAAGCACAAGACAUAUUGAUGGAAGUGGCUGUCAAGAUGCAUGAGACACUUGGCUGCCACACAGUGGACUAUUACUACGAGGCCAUCAUCCAGACAUUGCGGAUGGCCAAACACCAGAGGGCGCGUAACCCAUGGAAUGCAUACCUGCGAGCUGAAGUGAAAAGAAGGUAUCCUCUUCGUAAGGUUACCAAACUAGCGGCCGAAAUUUCUGCCAACUGGAGAGCCAUGAGUAAGGACAACAAGAAAACCAUUACCGAGGAAUCAAUGGAAUUGCUUGAAGAGUACCACAUUAAUAAACGCACAGGUGUGAACAACAUGCCCAUCAAUGCAUUCCACAACACGCAUACCACUCUCAAAUCUAUCUCUAAUGAGCUCACGGUGCUAUCAGCUCGAACAGGAUGCUACAGCCUCUUGAUGAGUGUCCGUAGUGACACUGAUCAUUACUCAUGUCCCUACGUGUACAUGUCAGAUGACUGCAUUGGAGACUAUUUCCAACUUGCCCUGCAACAGGCACCCACUGAUAUCACCACUCACCUCGAGGCAUAUUGUUUAUCUGGAGUGACGGGUGAAGCUGCGCAAGUUAAUGUGCCUAGGAUGUUGUAUGUCAACUUCGAAGAAAACAUUAUGGCAAAAUAUGGUGUAGUCUGCGAGGGCUGGCCGCUGCAGGAAUUUUGCAGCCCUGGAGAUAUUGGCUUGCACACUGAAGUACUUAAUAGUGCAUGGAAAUUGAGGACUGCAAAGUUCCAGAAGAUGUCAAAGGCUGAGUUCGAGCAGUGGGACAAAGACAGGUUCCAGCAGAAAUUGAAUCAUUGCACCAAUUCUACCGCACCGCAAAGUCCAUUAGAAGGCUCAAGCUCCGCAAACCCCACAUCAUCUCCACCUGCCAUGACAGAGGUGCCUGCAUCUGCACCACUUACCAUUGAAAUAACAAGUCCACCACUGGGAACACUUGUCAACAUUAUAUCUGGUAUAGGUGGCAAGGAAGUUGUAGGUAAAAAGAAAGCUAGGAAGACGCGCUCUGAUAAGGGGAAAAAACAAGGCCCCAAAGCCUCACAAGCUACCAAUGCUGAUGCCCCAGCUGCUUAA